AUGAUAAUUGAACAAAGACCAACAGCAUUCAGCCAAAAUUCUUUUGAAAAACUAUGCAAAAUUCAUCAGAAUGAAGAAAAAUUCACUUUCUUUCAGGUUUAUAAUCCCAAUGCAAAGACAGAAAUAAGUGAUAUGGCAUCGUUGCCAGGCCAUUUAGACAAUUUAACACGCUUUAUACAGAUUUCGAAUAAUGAAUUGUUUUUUGUAGGAUCAAAAACAUUUCUUAAUAGAGGUUCAGGAAUAAUUGACUUAGCAAAUCAAACAAUAAUAAGGAGUUUCCCUUCUUUAAGAGAGUAUUUCUUUAGUUUUGGAUUGAUUUAUUGAGAUCAAUGUAUUUAUGUUUUUGGCAGGUCUAAAAACAGGCAAAGCGCAAGUUAUGCGGAGAAGAUCGAUUUUGCAGAAAAUCGAUGGACCAAAUUGGCAACUCUUCCAGUCGGUAUAAUUAAUUGCUCCUGUGCUUUUUUUAGGCACUCUAUUAUAAUAGCAGGAUGAGGAAAAGACUCAAUAUACCAGUAUAAUAUUGAUCUGGAUAGCUAUUCAGAAAUUUUAGGCAUUGUUCAUCCUUAUGGAAAGCUGAUAUUUGUAGCCGAGUCAAGAGUUUAUGUGAUAGAAACAAAAGGAAAUAUUAUUGAAAGUGGUAUUGAGGAUGAAUACUCUUGAAAGAUUAUUGGAAAAUCUCCUUUAACAGUCAGUUUUCAAAUACUUUGAAUAAGUUAUAAAGAAUCGAUCUAUAUUAGUGGCUAUUCAAAAUACGGCACCGAUAUACCAAUUUACAGGUUUGAUAUAAAUAGAAGACAGCUUUCUAUAAUAAAAUAA